CAGCCCCUCCUUGGCUGAUCCGGACCGUAAGUUGCGGGCCUUGUCGCAGAAGGAGGGUCAGUUGGCCCAAUACAUUUCAGAGUUCCGUGCUUUGGCGCAAGAGCUCGCCUGGAAUGAUGCUGCCUACAUGAGCUUCUUCAAGGCGGGGCUCACUUGGGAUAUGCAGCUGGCGGUGGCGAGGGCACCGCCCACGGCCACCUUGGAGGAGUUGAUUACGCUGUGUCUUCGGCUGGAUGGUGUUCUCACAACUCAGCGGCAGGUCAGCCCCUCCUUGACCAAGCCGCUGGGGCCUCGGUGGCCUAUGCCGGUGGUUCCACAGGUGGCAGACAGGGAGGAGUCCUUGCAGCUGGGUUCAACUCGUCCCAAGAUCAAUGCCGCAGAGAAGGCCCGGCGGCAGCGGCUGAACCUGUGCUGGUAUUGCGGGGGGAGUGGACAUUUUUCACGAGAGUGCCCUGCAAAGAGCAAAUCGGGGCCCUGGUGAGGAGCCGGGAAGCUGCGAGAGCUGCGCUAAGGAGCCGGCGGGGGAAGGGAGCGGCCGAGUUUAGAUGGGCUCGCUAGCUCGGUCUCCUCCCCACCCCCCAGAGCCCACGACAGGGAUGUUGUUCUUCAUGCUGGUAACGUUUUGGGCCACACAGAAGGCUCCCAUCAUGGCCCAUGCUCUGUUGGACUGUGGGGCGACUAACAAUUUCAUCGAUCAUCGCUUUGUCAAGUUCCUGGGAUUACAAUCCUGGGAUUUACAACCUCCCAGGGAUGUACAAUACUUCGAUGGACACCGUUUGAAAGCGGGGCCGGUAGCUUGUUACACUGCGCCCAUACAAAUGAGAGUAGGGGGUGAUGUGGAAGACGUCUUCUUUUUGAUGACUGAGAUUCCCCACCUGGUCGUGUUGGGAAUCCCGUGGUUGGCGAAACACAACCCAGUUUGAAUUACGUUCCACUUUGUCUUUUUGUAAGGAACAUUGUAUUCUGCGGCAGAGGUGCCAGGUGCAGGAGAGUUCGGGGCAACCGUCAAAUGCGCUGCCUCGGAAGUAUCGGGAUUUUUGAGAUAUGAAGGAAGCAGAGCAGUUGCCUCCACACCAGCCUUAUGACUGCACCAUCAAUUUAGAGCCAGGCGCCCCAAUUCCGCAUGGGCGUUCGUAUUCUCUCUCUGAACCAGAGUUUGCCGCUCUCCGGGAGUUUUUGGAUACCAACCUACGCAAGGGGUUCAUCCGUCCGUCGCAGUCGCCGGCUGGGGCUCCAGUCCUGUUUGUCAAGAAGAAGUCGGGAGUUGCGGCUGUGCAAUUACUACCGUGCUUUGAACAACAUCACAAUUUUUUUCGUGUCAGGAGCAACCAGAGUUGCUUCUGGAGUGAGAGAAUUGGCCGUCUGCAAGGACGUUGCCCAGGGGACGCCCGGAUGUUUUGAUGUUUUGCCAUCCUUUUGGGAGGCUUCUCUCAUGUCCCCACAUGGAACUGAAGCUGAUAGAGGGAGCUCAUCCGUGCUCUUCCCGGGUGGGAAUCAAACCUGGCAGCCUUCAGGUCAGCAACCCAACCUUCAAGUCACAAGGCUUUUAUCCCCUAGGCCACCGGAGGCUCCAACAUCACGAUCAAGAACCAUUACGCCCUGCCGUUGAUUCCCGAGUUACUAGACCAGCUGAGGGAUGUGUGAGUCUUCACGAAGCUGGAUUUGUGGGGAGCAUACAACUUGGUCCGCACCCGGCAGGGUGACGAAUGGAAGACAGCUUUCCAGACCUGCUUCGGGAGCUUCGAAUAUCUAGUCAUGCCCUUCGGGCUCCAUCACAUUUCAACACUUCGUCAACAACGUCUUCCAUUAUUUUUUGAACCAUUUUUUGGUCGUUUAUUUGGAUGCUUUAUUAUUUUCUCCCCAGAUCAACGGGUGCAUGAUCAGCAGGUGUGCACCAUGCUCCAUGGACUCUAUGCCAAAUAGGAAAAAUGUGCUUUUGAUUUGACGGAGAUGAACUUUCUUGGAUACUGUAUUUCCACUGAACGGAUUUCCAUGGACCCCGCCAAAGUCUCAGCGGUGUUAGAAUGGAACUCCCCCAUGAACAAGAAAGAUGUUCAACGGUUCAUGGGUUUUGCCAACUACUACCGCAAGUUCAUCCUGGAUUGCAGGAACUAUCUGCGAUUCAAGAGAAAGCUCAACUUGAGCAAGCCAAGGAGGACUACAAACGGAUGGCGGAUGUGCAUUGGCAGCAAGGCCCUGAGAUCCAGGUGGGAGACCGUUUGGUUGUCUACUAAACACCUUCCCCUUCAGAGGCCUUCCCGUAAGCUUGUCGCUCGUUUUGAGGGUCCUUAUCCAGUAAUUCACCAGAUCAACCCUGUGACUUUCAAGUUAAAACUUCUGUGGGAGAUGCGGAUUCACCCUGUGUUUCAUCAGUCUUUGCUGCAUCUGGCCACGAGCGUUUGCUCGGAUGGUGGCCACGGUGCGCCGCCGCCUCCAGUGCUCUGUGAUGGGGAGGAGGAGUUCGGUGUGGCAGAAAUUCUGGACUCUUGCCAACGCCGUCGUCGGCUACAGUACUUGGUGGACUGGGUUGGGUAUGGGCCUGAAGAACGUUGUUGAGUAGAUGCGCGGGAUGUGCAUGCUCCGGAUUUAGUGGCUCAAUUUCAUCAUGUGUACCCGGCCAAGCCUCGGCCACUGGGAGGGUGGAAGGGGGGACUCGGAGGGGGAGAUAGUGUUGUGACUCAGCCUUUGUGAGACUCUGAUGAGGAUUCUGGGAUGCAGUUUCAGGAUGAUGGGAUUCAGGUUCAGGAUGAGUUUCAAGAUGACUGAUGGGAAUUAUGGGACUCAGGUGCAGAGUGUUCCUGCUGUGGGAGAUGAGGAGCAGGAAGGGUUUCCCAUGGGAAGAAAUGAUGUUGUUAAUGAUGAUGGUUUUCAGGUGCACGAGGCAGAAAACUGUGCUUUGGAUUAUAUUACAGCCCGUGUAUCCAUAUUUCUUGGCAUUUAUCGUGCUCUCUUUGGAUGUUGUUUAUUCUUUGUAAGCUUCUGGACUUAUAUCUCAAGACUAUAUUUGUACAACAGUACAAUUGUUGUACUGGAACAAUAAUUUUUGGCAGUUCUUUGUUAGAACAUUACCAAUGUCAGCUGGUUCUAACCUAGCGAUUUUACUCAAAGUGUUUAAUGCCAGUGCUAAUGCUUUUUUGCUUUUGCUUUUUGGUGUGUUUCUUUGCCAAGUACUUUUGCAUUUUUAUAUCGCCAUUUCUUCAGAUUAUAUAUAUAUGUAUAUAUAUAUGGACACUAGCUUUGUUUUUGGUGUUUGGUUUUUUCUCUUUUUGAUCCUUUUUUUAAUCACAGUUUUCCUACUUUCUAUACAAUCAAAUGUUCUCACUCUUUUGAUGUUAAUUUACUCUAUCCUAUAAGGUAAAACUUCAAUAAAAAAUAUAAAUUAAAAAAGACGAUAUUUGUAACUGACCUUUGGUGUUUUGCUUUUGGAAGGACUUUUUACUCUCUGUCUUUAAGAAAGGAAAAAGACUCAAACCUGCCGUGGAGUUUGUGUGCUAGAGCAAGGGGAAUCAAGGUCGAGGUGCGACAGAUAGAUAGACAGAUAGCUCGAUAGAUAGAUAGAUAGAACAAUAGAUACAAAGAUUAUGUUGGUGUAUUUUUGGUGUAAGGGGGAGAUGAUGAAUCAAGUGUUUUUGCUGUUGGAGGUUUGCAGCUGUGUAUACCGGACAUGUUUUCCAGCAACUUAAGUGUUAACAGCAGGCCAGCUUGAGUGAUACAACAGCCAAUAGGUCGUGACUUCCGGUCUGAGAGGACGUUCAUCAUUCUGCUGUGGAAUGUGCAGUUAUCCUGUGUGUGCUUCGGCAAGGAGAGAAGACGUGCUUUGCUUUGCUUAAGAAAGCAUGUCUUCUAUGAGCGAUGGACUGUGUAACUUGUGUUCUUUCUUCCGGAGGGACGGAAGGGGGUGAUGCUGCCCCACGGCCGGCGCUUCCUGUGGGGCCCCUCGGCCUUCUGGAGGCCCCUCUUCCGGGGCCGCCUCCUCCUGCUCACCAACACCCUCAGCUGCGGGGGGCUCCUGGCCGCCGGGGACACCCUCCGCCAGGCCUGGGAGAGGAGGAAGAGGAGCGGAAGGCAGGAGCCCCACCACCACCACAAGCAGGACCUGGCCCGCACAGCGCGCAUGUUUGCCAUCGGCUGCAGCAUGGGCCCGCUGAUGCAUUACUGGUACCUGUGGCUGGACGGGGCCUUCCCUGCGGCCGGCCUCAGCGGCAUCCGGACCGUCUUGAAGAAAGUCUUCAUCGACCAGAUCGUGGCUUCGCCGGCGCUGGGCGUCUGGUACUUCUUGGGCAUGGGGACCCUGGAAGGGCAGGCGCUGGAGCGGAGCUGGCAGGAGCUGGAGGACAACUUUUGGGAGUUUUAUAAGAUGGACUGGUGUGUCUGGCCGCCGGCCCAGUUGGUCAACUUCCUCUUCCUGCCCCCCAAGUACCGCGUGGUCUACAUGAACGUCAUCACGCUCGGAUGGGACACCUACCUCUCCUACCUGAAGCAUCGCCCCAAACAUCCGUCUCCCGGCUUGGAAGAGGAGCCCGAAGUCUGUGCCGCGGCCGAGAUCCAAACGGCCGGGUGAGAAAAACGGGCUCCGUCUCGGCGGCGGGGGCGAGCGGCUCUUCUCCUCCGUGCCCUCCGCCCACCUUCCUUGAACCCCACGGGAGCAGGUCUCUCCGGACAGCCGUCCCCUACUCGAUCCUUUGCCUUUCGGAACAAGAGACUCAACUGGUGCUGAAAUAAAUCAUGAUUAUUCUGUU